CACAAUUUGGAAUCAAGUCUUGAAUAUGACAUUUCUCUGAGGCUACUGAUAUUAAUUUGAUUCCUUACCCAGGCUGCCAUUUCAUUUUAUAAAUCUCCUUAUAAACUCUCUCUCUGUCUCCUAAAAGCCACUUCCAAGAUUCCUCUCCUUUUGCUGACAAUUCACAUUAUACAGGUCUCUUUAUCUCUGCAUAGCUUUUGCCAACACUGCAGUUAGAAGACAGCAAGCCACAUGGGAAGGCACUCUUGCUGUUAUAAGCAGAAGCUAAGGAAAGGCCUAUGGUCUCCAGAGGAAGAUGAGAAACUUGUAAAGCAUAUAACUAAGCAUGGACAUGGCUGUUGGAGCUCUGUCCCUAAACUAGCAGGUUUGCAAAGGUGUGGGAAGAGUUGCAGAUUAAGGUGGAUCAACUACUUGAGGCCUGAUUUGAACAGAGGGACAUUCUCACAAGAAGAAGAGAAUUUGAUAAUUGAACUCCAUGCAGUUCUAGGCAACAGAUGGUCUCAAAUUGCAGCUCAAUUACCGGGAAGAACCGACAAUGAAAUAAAGAAUUUAUGGAACUCAUCCAUCAAGAAGAAGCUAAGGCAGAGAGGAAUUGACCCCAACACACACAAACCACUGUCUGAGGUUGAGAAUGAGGAGAAAGUGCCCACAACCACCAAAAUCAAUGAGACAUCAUUUUCGGGAUCCAAUGAACUGAAAAUCGUGAAGGCUGAAAAUUCAUCGGACAAGGGAAUGGCAGUGCAGAAGCCGAAGCCACCUCCAACGGCUGUGGACUGCCACCAAGUUAUCGAAAACAAGUGCAGAAGUUUCACAACACCACCACCAACCCAUGAAUUCUUCCAAGAUAGCAUUCUCACUUCCCAUGACAGGCCAAGCACUAGUUGCAAGGCCUCUGAUUUUGCAGGGGAUUUCCCUUUCUAUGGGGCUAAUAUAGGGCUCUCAAUGAGCCCAAACACGAGUCUCUUUGUCAAUCCAAACCACCCCACAUCUUCUGAGAUGAUUUCUGGAUUCAAAUCUGUGAUGACACCCACUGUUUUACCGUCCAUGUCAAGCUCAAUUUUCACCAAUCCAACAAGUUUCAAGCCUUCCAUUAGUUCACCCUCUAAUAGUCCUUCAAUAGGCUCUUCAAAUGUCAGUGGUGUCCACAAUUGGGACUUUGGAACAUUGAUUGACAACAGUAGUGCCUUCUCAUGGUGUCAGACAGACUAUGUAAAAUCCGAGAAAGAAGCCCAAAAUCAUGCACUAGAAGACAAUCCUGAAGACACCAAAUGGUCUGAAUUUCUCCAAACUUCACUAGGAAGUGCAAUUCAAAACCAAACUGCUCAAGAUGUGUACAGUGAGCCUAAACCUGAAAUGCAUAUUAAUACAGAUGGAUCAGACACUACUUGGCCUCAGAACCAGCUGCAACAAUCUUUACAAGGCGCGUAUGAAUACAGUAAGAAUUCCCAGAUACUUACUCCCAUCUUUGGACAUUUUCCUUAGCCUCCAGAAGGAAGGAAUUAUAGAAGUCUUCAAGGUCUGAUAACAAAAUUUUCUUGCUAUUUUGUGUAUAGGUCUGAUAUUUAGAAAGUUCUUAGCUUUAUAUUACCAAAUAUUCAUGAAAGAAACAAUGUUCAGCUCAGCUGUCAAAUUGUAGAUUACAGAUUGUCUAGUUAUAGUAUCUUUUUCAUCUUCUA